AUGAACGCUGGACCCCCUUUGGCUCGCGACGAUGAUGGAGCCAGUGCUUUGAGGGGCGAGAAUGAGGUUGGAGGUGCUGAAACACAGGCCAGCGUUGAGAACAGGGCGCAACCACCAGCUAGUAGUCCUGCCACUUCGACUUCAAACUCCAAGUUCAGCUUCGCCUUCAAGGCCACGAGCAAAGCUCCAGUGACGGCACCGAAACUGGAAAUAUCUCAGAAGCUUAGCGCCCCUGCUAAGAAAGAGCAGCCGCCUUCGUUAGCCGAUGAGCGGUAUCGAGAGCGCGAUCAAGGUCGACUCCACGAGCGAGAGCGCGAACGGGACCGUUAUAGAGAUCGGGAGAGAGAGCGCGAUCGGGAUCGCGAGCGAGAACGCGAACGCGAACGUUUCCGUGAGCGGGAAUCAGACCGAGCUGUCGACAGGUCACGCGACAUACCACGGGACGCUCCCCGGGGACCAGCUUCGUCCAGGCCACAACCGCCGUUGCAACCUGAGAGACCGCGCACACGGAUGGUGAAGAAGAUCGAGCGCAGACUCAAGCCGAAACCUCAACUACCAGAGGAUCUGCGCACCUCGUGGUCGAUUUUCUUCCGCAAGCAGGGCAACGAGUCUGUCAUCGGCUCUGGCACGUAUGGAAAAGUUUACAAAGGUGUGCAUGUCUACACGAAGAAGCUUGUCGCCCUGAAGAAGAUCCGCAUGGAGGGAGAGCGGGAUGGAUUUCCUGUCACCGCCAUCCGCGAAAUUAAGCUUCUUCAAUCGCUCAAGCAUAAGAACAUCGUCGACCUGCAAGAGGUCAUGAUUGAGAAGAAUGACUGCUAUAUGGUCUUCGAAUAUCUCUCACAUGACCUGACUGGCCUGCUCAACCAUCCAUCCUACACACUUGAUCCUGCACAGAGAAAGCAUCUGGCAAUGCAGCUAUUCGAAGGGCUCGACUAUUUACAUCAACGCGGCGUGCUCCACCGCGAUAUCAAGGCAGCCAACAUCCUAGUCAGCAGCAGUGGCAUCCUCAAGUUUGCCGAUUUCGGCCUCGCUCGGUUCUACGCCAAACGGCAUCAAUACGACUAUACCAAUCGUGUCGUGACAAUUUGGUAUCGCUCGCCCGAGCUCUUGCUCGGCGAGACCCAGUAUGGAGCAGCCGUCGACAUUUGGAGUGCUGCUUGUGUCAUGGUUGAGAUAUUCACCAGGCACGCGAUUUUUCCUGGCGAUGGGAGUGAGAUCAACCAGCUGGACACCAUCUAUGCCGUUCUGGGCACGCCGAACAAGCAGGAGUGGCCUAAUCUGCCUGAGAUGCCCUGGUUUGAGCUCCUCAGACCGGGCUACAGGCGUCCCAGCGCCUUUGUUGAGAAGUACCAAGAGAAGCUGCCCGCUGCAGCAUUUGAUCUUUUAUCUCAAAUGUUCCAGUACGACCCUGCGAAGCGUCCAUCGGCGGCUGAAGUUUUGCAACACGCUUACUUUACCACCGAGCUCCCGAAAGCCAGGCAGGCCAUCGAACUUGAGAACAUUCAGGGUGAUUGGCACGAACUUGAGUCCAAAGCCCUGCGACGGGAAAAGGAGCGCCAGGACCGUGAGGCGCGAAAAGCCGCUGCUGCUGCCAAAGACGCCGCCAACAGCAUCGCCAGCGCUGGCAACAUGCCAAGCAAACACAAGGAGCGCAAGAGGCCACCAGACGGCCAUGAUGCGCAGCGCGAGCCGAAGAGACAUCACGUGCAGCAGCAGUUGAGUGGUAAUGGCGGCGCUCCUGCAGCCGGCGCAGCAGAGGAGGGACUCGCUUCUGCAAUUUGA